CCGUUGCCACAAGUUUCUGCAGAAAUAAAAAUUUUGGAAUCUGCAAGACUCAAAUUGGAAGAGGGCAUGAUGCAAAAACUGGAAGAUGAAUAUAAUAAGUCCUUGUCCAUGGCAAAGUUGAAAAUAAAAGAUACGGUUGAAAAUUCAUUAAGCAUUUUUAAUGACCCCGAUAUGUUAAGUUCUGUUAUUUCCAAUUCAGUAAAAAUUUUAAAAAAAAAGAAAAAUUUAAGAAAAAUAAAGGAAACCAAUGAUGAAGAGAAAACUUCAAAAAAUGCUUCACAAAUGUAUGAAAGAAAAGGUGGACCAUUACCACCACCAGAACUUAGAAAACAUACGUCAUUUCUACAGCAAAAUUAUUUAAACAAAACUAUUCCUUCUGUAAAAAUAUCGUUAACUGAAAUAAGUGAACCUAGCGUUUUAAUAAAAGAAAAAAUUGAAGAAAUAGAACAAUACAGAACAGAUGAAGAAGUAAAUAUGUUUGAAACGGCUAUAUCUGAAUUAGAUAUAUUGACAGAUAUAACAAUGCUAGAAUUAGAAAAACAAAUACAACUUCAAUUGAAUCCCUUUUUGGUUGAUAAACAGAUUGUACAUAGAAGCUUAGAGAAAGAGUUGAAAGAACUGGGAAAAGCUGAAGAAAGGGAAAAAACGAAAAAAAGUUCUCUAAGUCAAUCAUCAUUUUUAGAACAAGAAGAAAAUGAAAAUACGGGGAAUAUCUUAAAUGUAAAAAUAAGCCAAACGGAUUAUAAUUAUCCAACUAUAGAUGAACUGGUUAUGCAAAUGCAAAAGAAAAGAGACAUUACAGAAAAAUUAGAAAGACAAAAAAUUUUAGAAUUACAAAUGAAAUUAUUAAAAGCACAAAGUGAAAUGAUAAAGGAUGCUCUACAUUUUUCUAUUUCAAAGGUUAUAGCUCAAUAUUCACCCAUAGUAGAAACAUUAAAAUUACAGACUUUGAAAAAUUUUUAG